AUGGCUCUACAAAUCCCCCCGUCAGACUGGAACACCGGUCUCUUUGACUGCUGUGACGACAUGAAAACAUGUAAGAAUCAGUUUCAUCAUAUUAGCUUGAAACAGUGCGUCAUUUUUCUGAACCUUUAGACAGGUUUAUUUGUGUAUUAGUAAACUGGAUUUUUUGCUAUCACUGUAAUAUAAUGUUUAACUCUUUGGUUUCCAGGUUGCUAUGGUUUCUGGUGCUGUCCUUGCCUUGCCUGCACAGUUUCAGGGAGAUUUGGAGAGAACCGCUGUCUGCCGCUGUGUGAUAUGCUCACUCCUGCUAUAACAGCAGCCUGUGGGUUACCUCUGUGUGUGCCCCCCGCCGCUCUGUCUUUGAGGGUCGGCAUUCGACACAGAUAUGGAAUCAAGGUAAAAAGAAUUGUUGUUUUUUUUAAGUCAAGAAUAGUGCUCACUAAUUUUGACUUUUCUUUAUUUAAUAUUUUUACAACCAGGUAUUGUGAUAAACUUAUUUGGAUUUAAAAGUUUUAAAAGCAACAGCAGUUCAAAAGUAGAGACCCAUUUGAACACCAUGCAAUAUCAUGCAAUGUUGUGUUGGUUUAAGUUAAAGUUGGGGCUAUGACAGUUUCUUAAAAAGUGAAUUUAAGGCCUUAUUUGGGUGAGAUUGACCUAUUAAACAGAGAAGUCUUUCAGUGCAUUUGAAUAAAACAUAAUUGUUAUAUGAGUGUGCUCUAGGCUUGCUCUUUUAGAAAGCGUUUUGGGAUAACGACUGUUAUGGUUUGGCGCUAUAAAAAAAAAAGAUUGAUUAAUUGAUAAGACGGUGUUGUGAAAUAGCACAUGGAUCUAUAAAAAUGAGCUGGAACACUAGAGAACAAAUACCAGGCCAGAAGUUGGUGGUUUCACUUUAUGAUGAAACACUGCUGAGGCACAGCAUAUGUCUUCAAUAAAACAAUAAAUCCAAACAUUCCCAUGUACAGAUAGGGAGAUAUAAAGCAUUGGCUAACAUGCAUCAAUAGUUCACUAUAUUAUGUUUAAAGCUCCUCUGAGGAGUUUUUGGAUGAUACUAAAAUAGACCAAAAUUUAUGUGGAUCCUUUUUCAUGAUCUACAAAAGCAAACAAGACCAGAGAGAAAUUUUUAAAGCCUGAAAACAGUGUGAGGGAGUUGUUAUCAGCUGAGCGGCUAAAGAAACAGCUCUGUUUUUAUGAUUUCCACGUAGAAUGUUUAAAAUAAAUCAAAUAUAUGACAGUCAGAAGUCAGGAAGGUGAUUUUUUCUGGAUAUGUAGAUGACAACAUAAAGAUAAACUGCUUUGUCCACAGGGGGGUGCCAAUAUUGAUCUUUAAUACAUUUCUAUUUGACCAACUUUUAAAACAUUUAGAGCUCCACCUACUGACUAGCUGCAGUAAAGGUCAUAAACCCAGCUUCCUCCAUGUUAACUGAUGGAACAUGGGUCAAACUAUAAAAUCAAAUUAAAAGCUUAUCAUAUUUUGAAAAAUAAUAUGGUUUUGGUCUUUUUUUUUUAAUUAUGCAGAAUGUGUAUCUGCAGUUACUUCCUGAGAUAAUCUGAUGCCCCUAAAGUUAUCAGAUUACAGCGGAUGAAUACAAUCAAACAGCAUAACUGAUGUGCUUCGGUUCUCCACAGGGCUCUCACUGUAAUGACAUCGCCACUUCCUGUUUCUGCGAGUGGUGCUCCUGGUGUCAGAUGAAUCGAGAGUUGAAAUACCGUAAGAAGCACCCCACCGUCAUCGUUAACGUGCAGCCUCCUCCGGUGAUGAUGGCUCCUGGAAACCCUCCACCUGCUGGAUUCAUGGGCCAGCCUGGAGUCGUCAUGACCUCAUACUGA